AUGUCGCUUUCGAUGGGAACCAUCUUCGAGCUCAAAACCUUUUUAAUUCUUUCGGAACUGAUAUUCUCAAAGCUGAAAGAGGAGGUGGAGGAAGAGGAUGAGGAGGGGGAUGUGUUGUUGUCAGCUGAUAUCGAGCCAGGACAGCCUCUACAGCUUGCAAAAAUGUUCCCUGAUUUGGAGCCGGCACUCCCUGAUGUACAUGCACUCCCUAUCGUUGAGAUAAAUUUGUGUGAUUACUUUAUAUUAUCCUCACCUGAAGACGCCAUGGAUGCCAAGAAGCAAGGCAUAGUCUCCAUUCUCGUAUCGGAUUCCGACACACCGGCCGCCAAAGCUACUUCGCUUAGAAGAACUUUGUCCGCUGAUAUGUCGUUGACACAAGGGUUCAUGUUGUCUCCCCUGAAAAAGAGUCCUUCAUCCCACGAGUUCCCUGUUUCUUCAUCGUUUGAAGAAGGGGAAGAAGAUAAUGAAGCGUCGAGUCAAUUCGAUGUCUGGGCUUCGAUUCAACGAAAGAACAAGGAGGAAGUUGAAAAUCGAGGCCUGUUCGACAUAUGGAGCUCGAUCGUGUCACAAAAGGCCGUGGAAGGGGCUUCGAACUCUUCCCCGCCUUACAUUCACCCUCUUGUGAAGCGAUCAGGUAGCUGUUUGAGCGACAAGAGCCUUGAAAUUUGCACCGAGAGCCUUGGUUCCGAGACCGGCUCCGAUGGGUUUUCUUCGGAAACCGGUGACGUGGAGGAAGAUAAGCAAGAGGAUCAACAACUACCUCACCAAAAGCAAGAACCGGUGGCACCGAUGGUUAUGCCUUGUUUCGAUGGUGAAAAGGCAGCAAUAAUUGAGAAACAUAACUACGAUGUUGGCAAGAAAUCGUCAAACCCGUCAUUUCCUCCGCCAAUAUCUUCCCUUUCGGCCAAAGACGGAGCAUCGAGGCAGUUGAAGACUAGUCGUGAUAAUGGGAGAUUGGUCAUUGAAGCUGUUUCAAUGCCUUGUUUGAACAAUUUUCUUGCUCAACGCCAAGACGGUCGCCUUGUCCUCACUUUUGCCAAUACCAAUGGUACUGAAAAAGUGGAAGAGUUAGAAGAAGAGUUUGAAAGCUUUGGAGUAAAAGAAAGUGAAAAAGACAUUGAUGAAGAAGGGGAGGAAUGUGAAGAUGGGUGUUAUGAGAUUGAGGAGGCUCCUAAACUGUCAAGUGGAGCAAUCGAUGUGCACAGGUUAGCCGUUGUGAUGAACAAGCCGAUGUGGUCAGCAAUUAGGAACCCAACAUGGCCUAAAGAUAUCAAUGAAAUAGUCAAAUCCGGAGACGAAGAGGGGAAAGUAAAGCCAACUGCCCCACCACCACCACCACCAGCAAUAGCACAGUCAUUGCCACCGCGUCCUUUGGUGUCUAGGCCAAUUUUGGCGAUAACAGGAGCAAGCUCAGUUAUAUCGUUGAAUACUUAUGAGUGCUACUGGAGGAGGCCGAAUCACUGCAUGUCAAAGGGACAUGCGGCUGCGGCACUUGAUCAACAGUCACAAGCAAUGAAAGGGAAGAUCAAAGGUGAUGAGCUUGUUCCAUUGUUGAAAGGGUGCAAGGAACAUAGGUCACUUCUAUUCUGGAGACCACAUUGCAUUGCCACUUCCUGACGAACAAAAUCCAUGCCCAUAAUAUUACUCUUAUUAUUAUUUUUGUUCUCUCCAAGCUAGUUUUUUCCACAUCCCACUCUUUGAGGAGGCUGAUCGUGUAGUAGUCAAAAUCCCAAUA